AUGAAGUCGUGUCUUUAUCAAACUGAAACCAAAGACAAAACCGAAACACGAACCCACUCAUCAAACCCAAACAAUGUCCCCCAAAACGAUACUCGAACCCUAGCCACCAGCCACCGCGUCGAAGAAAGGCAUCGGGACGAGCGUCGGCACCGGCAGCGGGACGAGCGUCGGCACCGGCAUCAGGACGAGCGUCGGCAUCGGCGGAAGGUGAGGAAGACAUCGAACAAGUUGAAGUUGGAGUUAGAUGAGGAGGAAGCAAACAAGUCACUUUACCUAUGUUACCUUGAACAGAGCGGAGAUUGCGUUGCUUAUGUAAUCCGCGCCGUCAGAUUGUCCGAUUUGUUGUCGUCCGAGAAGCCAUCGAGAUUACGGCAAGUGGGUUUUAAGGCCGGGGACCAUCUCCCCGGAAGUGUAGGUUCCGGUGUUAUGGGCUCCCAAAUUCUUCUAGCCGGCGGGUUGAGACCCAACAUCCCUUAUGGGAUUGGAGCACAUAUGCUUCCCUCAGCUGUUUGGCAUAGAAAUGUUUAUGCCUUUGAAACUGACCCCAAUAAGCAACCUCGUCCUUCAAUCAGGAAGCUUGAUGCCACUUUACAAGGUGCCAAAUUGGGCCCUAUGAUGGUGGAGCUUGGGGGCAAAUUGUACGCUCUUUCGUAUUAUCUGGUUGGCAACCCUCCCUCGUUUGAGGUGUUUGAUCCCAAAAUGGGAAGUUGGUCUGCUCUGCCACAGCCCCCAUUUUUCCAACCUCUCUCUGAAUAUUUCGAAUACGCUCCCUUCUCUUAUGCAUUUACCGGCACCAAGAUGUUUGUGUCCCAUGAACAAUGUCCUGUGUUCUGUUUUGACGUCGCGCACCCGGAUAGAGAAUGGAGACUAGUCCCUACUAUGUGUCAAGGCGGCCCUUUUCCAUUUGCUGGUGUGUCUUUGGUCCUGGACCUGCCGGAACCUGACAAGAAGAUAGUGUUUGCCUAUAGUCACGAUCGUUGGUGUUUAGGAGUUUAUGUCAUGUCAUUGUGUGAAAACCAAGAGUCUAUCACACGGAUUGGUGAUUUGAAGCUGCCGCGGUUGCCUUAUGAAUUGGGUGAAGCAACUGGCUGUGAUUUUGUCCACAUAGGAGGUCGGAAAGCCUGCAUUGUUGUCCCCGAAUUGGAGCCCCCCUGUGAUGAUGAAGGAGGAGACGAAUUGGAGCUCGGGUCUCAUAAGACAUUGGGGGUUGCCAUACCAUUUCAGUUUGAAGUUGAUAUGACUAAGCUGGACAAGGACAAGAAAAUUGCUUCACCCUCCAAUUCAUGCCUAUUCGCAUCUUCAAAUUUCAUACCACUCCAUCCACUCUUCCUGACCCCGAAUCUAUGGCAGAGAGGCUUGCCCAUGAGCCCCUCCGAUACAUUCUCCUUCAUGGUUGCGAAGAACAACUCCCAGACCCCCAUCAUUCUCAUCGGACCAGGCCGCAUCACAAUUAAUAGCAGUCACUCCCUCAGGAGGCAAACAAAUAGAAGAAGGUGAUUCAUAUUGAUAAACGAAGCAGCAUCUAGCUUUCCAGAUUGACCAGCAAAUAAAGCUAAUCAAGGUACCGCACCAAACCCUGUCACUCUUAGUGCUGCGUUUCAUAAUAGAAUCCUGCAGCCAUUUGUCCAAAGUGGUAACCUUUCCGCUUAAACAUGAGGAAAGAUAUAAAUAAUGCAGAGUGACAGCUUCGAGCUUUGUUGAUGUGAACUAGCUACUUCCGGGAUUGUUGUAGAACAUUAGCCUAAUUAGCCAGAGUUGGUUUAAACUAACAAUAAGCUAUGCCAAACAUAUAUCUGUUAGCAGCAGACAUGUUACUGGAUUGAUUGAUCUACUGUGGUCAAUGGGGAAGGGAUGUUAUAAUGAUUGAAAGACAUAAUGUAGUAAUGAGUUUUAUAACUUCUGUAUGAAGGUUUUUAUUUGACAAUGUCUUUGAUUCUGGUUGAG